AUGGAGAAUCAACAGGGCAAGAUACCGGCCACGGAGAGCUCGCCGUCUCCAGAAGCACCGGGAGCGAAUCCGCCUUCGCCAACUCUGAACCCGGCGCACCAGCACCAUGAUGCCCACCAUGUUCAUCAAGCUUUGAACGUUGAGAAACCCGUCGGAGACGGAGCAGUCGCUGAACGAGGUACUUCCAAUACCAGCGACGGGAUAGCCAGCUCGACCGAAAAACCUAUUAUCGGAACCACUGGGGAUAUUGAGAGCGCGCAAACCGUUGCGGACGGCAACAAACGUACAAUAUGGGCGCGUUACAAAAAGGAGAUUCGUCUUGCACUAAACAUUGGAAUCUGGCUAAUCUUCACUGGUUGGUGGAUUGCCGGUCUGAUCCUUCGUCGCAAACAGCUAGGAUGGGUUGUCCCGUUCCUCGUCUAUCUCGGUGUCACUUUCCGGGUUAUUUUCAACUACGUACCCAUUUCCGUUGUGACCAAACCGAUAUACUGGUUAUGGAGCCGUACCGCGCAGCCGGCCGCCAACAUGAUCCCCAGCAAGAUGCAAACGCCUCUUUCUGCUGCCUUUGUCGUAUGCGUGAUCAUCAUCGGCGCCUUUGUGUCUGAGGAGUCUCAGGACAAUACUCGUGAAAACCGAGCAAUCAGCUUGUUUGGCCUGGCUUUACUCAUUUUAUGCCUGUGGCUUACUUCCAAGAACAGAAAGAAGAUUGUCUGGCGGACAGUCAUUGUUGGGAUGCUCGUACAAUUCGUUAUUGCUAUCUUCGUUCUCCGAACCACGGUUGGGUAUGACAUCUUCAACUUCAUCUCUCAACGUGCAACGGAUCUCCUAGGAUUCGCAUCUCUCGGAACCCAAUUCCUCACGACCCCGGACGCCGCGAAGAUAAAAUGGUUUUUAGCCAAUGUGGUGCCCGCCAUCAUCUUCUUCGUGUCCCUAGUUCAGCUGCUGUACUACGUUGGCUUCAUACAGUGGUUCGUUGUUAAAUUCGCAUCAUUUUUCUUCUGGGCCAUGCGCGUUUCCGGAGCAGAAGCUGUUGUUGCCGCAGCAUCACCGUUCAUCGGCCAGGGAGAAUCGAUCAUGCUUAUCCGCCCAUUUAUCAACUACCUUACCCUGGCUGAAAUACAUCAAGUCAUGUGCUCUGGUUUUGCGACAAUUGCUGGAAGUGUCCUGAUUGCUUAUGUCGGAAUAGGAGUCAAUCCUCAGGCUCUAAUCUCGUCAUGUGUUAUGAGUAUCCCUGCGUCUCUGGCAGUUUCGAAGAUGAGGUAUCCCGAGACUGAAGAAACUCUUACCGCUGGCCGGGUGGUUGUCCCAGAAGAUGAGGAACACAAGGCAAAAAACGCACUCCACGCAUUUGCAACCGGCGCCUGGCUGGGUUUGAAGAUUGGCAGUAUGAUAGCUGCCACCCUCCUUUGUAUAAUCUCUUUAAUUGGUCUCAUCAACGGUCUUCUUACCUGGUGGGGCCGCUAUUUGACCAUUGAUGGGCCAGACCUUACCUUGGAGCUUAUCUUGGGUUACCUCUGUUACCCAAUUGCCUUCCUACUGGGCGUCCCUCGAACCGGCGAUUUAUACAAAGUUGCCCAGCUUAUUGGUAUCAAGCUUGUUGCGAACGAAUUUGUGGCAUAUACUGCCCUUCAGCAAGACCCAACUUAUGCGGAUCUCUCCCCUCGCUCUCGCCUAAUCGCUACUUAUGCUCUUUGCGGGUUUGCAAACAUUGGGUCCCUUGGUAACCAGAUUGGUGUCUUAGCUCAACUGGCUCCCGGACGUAUUGGAGACGUGUCACAGGUUGCCCUCAGCGCCAUGUUGACAGGAGCAUUGAGCACAUUCACCAGCGCCAGCAUCGCCGGACUACUGGUCACUGAUCAGCAGCAGUUCUUUAAGCCAAAGGACAUGGCCAUGGGAAUGAACUCCACCAUGGGAAUGAAUUCAACCAUGGCGAUGAACAUGACCAUGUUAGCUAAUUGA